GAAAGGAUUUUGGGUAUUUUUUUCUGAAGGUGAACCUGAAGCCGGCAUCAUGCAGAGCACAGCCAACUACCUGUGGCUCAUCUCAGACCUGCUGGGCCAGGGAGCUACAGCUAACGUUUACCGUGGCAGACACAAGAAAACGGGGGACCUGUAUGCGGUGAAGGUGUUCAACAAUCUCAGUUUCCUGCGACCGCUCGACGUCCAGAUGAGAGAGUUUGAGGUCCUGAAGAAACUCAACCAUAAGAACAUCGUCAAGCUGUUCGCUGUGGAGGAGGAGUCCAACACGCGGCACAAAGUGCUGGUGAUGGAGUAUUGUCCCUGUGGGAGUCUGUACACGGUGCUGGAGGAGUCUUCUAACGCCUACGGACUCGCUGAGGAUGAGUUCCUUAUCGUGCUGCAGGACGUGGUUGCCGGUAUGAACCAUCUCAGAGAGUACGGUAUCGUUCACCGGGACAUCAAACCGGGAAACAUCAUGCGCGUCAUCGGCGAGGACGGGAGGUCCGUCUACAAGCUGACCGAUUUCGGAGCGGCCAGAGAACUGGAGGACGAUGAGCAGUUUGUUUCUCUUUACGGCACCGAGGAAUACCUGCAUCCUGACAUGUAUGAGCGAGCAGUACUGAGGAAAGAGCACCAGAAGAAGUAUGGCGCGACGGUUGAUCUGUGGAGCAUCGGAGUGACCUUCUUCCACGCUGCCACCGGGUCACUGCCCUUCAGACCCUUCGAAGGACCACGCAGGAACAAGGAAGUCAUGUAUAAAAUCAUCACAGAGAAGCCCUCAGGAACCGUCUCAGGGCAGCAGAAGUUUGAGAACGGGAAGAUUGAGUGGAGCACGGAGAUGCCCGUCUCCUGCAACCUGUCCAAGGGCCUCCAGAGCCUGCUGACCCCAGUCCUAGCCAACAUCUUGGAGGCUGACCAGGAGAAGUGUUGGGGCUUUGACCAGUUCUUCGCUGAGACCAGUGAUAUCCUGCAUCGCACCGUGGUGUUGGUCUUCAGUCUACAGCAGGCUACUCUCCACUACAUCUACAUCCACCAGUACAAUACGGCGACUCUCUUCCAGGAGCUGUUGUCUCGUCGGUGCAGCAUCCCGGUCCACAACCAGGAGCUCCUGUACGAGGGGCGUCGCCUGCAGCUUGAGCCCAACCGCCAAGCCCAGACCUUCCCGAGGACCUCCAGAGACAAUCCCAUCAUGCUGCUGAGCAGAGAGUCCGUGGCGACAGUGGGGCUCAUCUUCGAAGACCCGAGUCCUCCUAAAGUCCAGCCUCGCUACGACCUGGACCUGGAUGCCAGCUAUGCCAAGACGUUUGCAGGAGAUGUGGGCCACCUGUGGAAGACUUCAGACUCCCUGUUGGUUUGCCAGGAGCUGGUCAGGAAGGGAGUCAGGGGACUAAUUGAGUUAAUGAAGGAGGACUACAGCGAGAUGGUACAUAAGAAAUCAGAGAUCAUCCACAUCUGCCACUACUGCACUCAGAUCCUGGAGAGGACAGAGCAGCUGUACGAGGUGUUAAUGCGGGCCAAUAUGUUGUCAUCGUCAGAAUACGAUGAGAUCUCAGACAUGAGGAAGAAAAUAGUCCUGAUCUCCAACUCUUUAGUCCCCAUGGAGCAGAUGAUUCAGGACAUCAAGAGUAAGUUCCUGUCAGGUGGCGUUCUGACGGACAGCUGGACUCAAGCUGGAACUCACCCUGAAGACAGGAAUGUUGAGAGGAUUAAGGUUCUCCUGGACUCCAUUACGGCCAUCUACCACCAGUUUAAGAAGGACAAGGCUGAGAGGCGUCUGCCAUACAACGAGGAACAGAUACACAAAUUUGACAAACAGAAGCUGGUGUUCUAUGCCACCAAAGCCAGGUCUCUGUUUACAGAGGAGUGUGCCAUGAAGUAUCGCCUCUUCAUCUCUAAGAGCGAGGAGUGGAUGAGGAAGGUGCAUCACGUGAGGAAACAGCUGAUUAGUCUAACCAGCCAAUUCAACAGCGUGGAGAAAGAGGUUUCCAUGGUGAUGGAGAGAGUUAUUAAGUUACAGGAGCAGUUACCUGGUAAGGUGCUACCUCUGGCGUCCAGUGGUAUGGUGAAACCUCAAGCCUACCUCAGCCAGAGCACCCUGGUAGAGAUGACCCUGGGGAUGAAGAAGCUGAAGGAAGAGAUGGAGGGGGUAGUGAAGGAGUUGGCUGAGAACAACCACUUCCUGGAGAGGUUUGGCUCUUUGACGUCAUUGGAUGGAGGAAUGAGAAGUGUGGACCGUAUCUGAGACCAUGUGGCCCCUCGCCCCUAAACCCUCAUCCCUAAACCCUCACCCUAAACCCUCACCCCUCAACUCACCCACCCUAAACCCUCACCCCCUGAGUCUCACCCCACCCUAAACCCCCCACCUCAAUCCACUAUCUAGACCAUCGGGUCUCCAGCCUUUUCCUUUUCCUUCAAACAGACCCGUUGUUCUCCUCUCCCUCCAACUCUUCCCCCGGGUCCUCAGUGUACGAGAGACAGUAUAAUACACCAUGUUUUCUGUUGAUAUACCUGGUUAAAACAAUGUUUAAUAAACACUAGGGGGGGGCCCUAUAAAAUCGGAGAUGUUUUUUAUUCUUCUGUUUUCAGUUCUCCUAAAUCGUGUUUUCACGUGUUUAAUUUGAGAUGUAUUUCGUUUUUACUCUCCAAACUGCAUGUUCUGAGUCCAUGUCAAUGUUUAAGUCACGUCAGAAUAAACUAUUUUUUUAGGUUUGGAA